AUGAAAAGUCUUCCAACUUUUGUUUUAAUUUUUCUAUUUCUUCAACAUGGAAAUGGUUUGUAUCAAGGAACUGGAGCACCAGCAAAUUCUGCACGUUUCAUAGCUUCAAUUCGAUAUCGAAAUCUGGAUCAUAGUUUUGGAUCUGGGUUCUUGUGUGCUGCUUCAGUUAUCAACAAUUUUAAUGUUGUGACUGCGGCUUCGUGUGUUUAUAACAUGCAACCAUCGCAAAUUAAUGUUGCAUUUGGACGUAUCGAUCUUAAUUCUCGAUAUGUAGUGAUAAAUAUUGCACAGAUUAGACUUCAUCCAAAGUUUGAUAUUUCCGACAUUAUGAAUGACAACAUCGCUGUUGUGAGAGUAACGAGAAAUAUUCGGGCGAAUACAAAUGCACACAUUCAAAUUAUUAAUCUUGAUUCGACGCCAGUGAUUCCAUCACCUUGCAGCUUCUUUGCUUGGGGACUUGAAAAUCGUCUUCUGAGGGCAACAAUUCCAGUAAAUUCGGAAAAUUGUCAUAAUCAAACAGAUUCUACGUUUUGUGCGGGAAAUGUUGGAGGUGGACCUGCAUUAUGUCCACGAAACUUAGGUGGAGCUUAUGUGUGCAAUUCCCAAUUGACUGGAAUUGCUAUUUCUGUGUCUGGUUGCACACAACCAGGAACAACAGGUCGACUUGUAGCCGUCAAUAAUUACAGGGAUUGGAUUUUACGAGGGUCUGCUAAAUCUACUUGCAAAUUAGACAUUUCAUUACUUUCAUUGUUACUUAUCGCAGUUACUCAAUUUUUAUUCAUAUAA